AUGAUGGAACAUGUUCGUGUUGCCUCAGAAUUCUUUAAUUUUUCUCCAAAACGUUUUGAUUUGUUGGUCAAGACCAUCGAAGAAAUGCUUCCUAAUGCGCAGCAUAAACGACUGAUCAAUGUUUGCAAAACAAGAUGGGUGGCGAGAAUUGAUGGUUUGUCUGUUUUUAUCGAGGUUUUUCCUGCAAUUGUUAGAUGCUUAGAAAUAAUUCGUGAUAACGUUGGGGACAAGUGGAAUGCAGAUUCUGUCCGAAAAUCUGGUCCUUUACUUUUAGCCACCGUGUCCUUUUCAUUAAUUGUGGCAUUAGUUGUGGUCUCAAGAUGUCUUGAGGUGACUCGCCCGCUCACAGUUCAACUUCAGGAAUCGGCUAUCGACGCUGGAGCACCUAGAGAAAAGGUUUCCGGUUUUUUACGUGCACCUAGAGAAUAUGAGAAAUGACGUGGAUGUAAGACACGACUCGUGGCACGAAGAAGCAGAAUCCAUUGGUGAGAGCGUUGGAACCGUACCAGAUCAACCAAGAACGACAGGAAGACAACAACACCGCCCUAACACACCAGCUGAUUCACUGUCACAAUACUACCGGAGAGUAAUUAGUGUGCCAUUUUUGGAUCACCUAAAAUCGGAAAUCCAAACACGAUUCUCGGAGACUAAUCUUGACGUUAUGGAUGCCGUUUAUGGUUUACCCAAAAAUGUUCUGAUCUGCCCUGACUGGAAAACCAAAUUUUCCACGUUCCUCGACAUGUACAAGGACGACUUGCCUCAACCUCGUUUUCUCGACACUGAAUUGGAAAUGUGGGCUGAACGUUACCAAAUGGAAAAGGGUCCUCUGCCUUCCAAACUGGCCGAUGUUUUACUGUUUGUCGACAAAAUAAGUUUUCCCAAUAUAUUCACCGCUUUUCAAAUUUUUGCAACAAUUCCGGUUACCACUUGCAGUUGCGAAAGGUCCAUCUCGGUUUUACGGCAAUUGAAGACUUAUCUUCGCAGCACUAUGUCUGAAUCCAGAUUGAAAGGUCUAGCCUUGUUAAAUGUCCAUCGUUAA